GCAUCCGUAGAACACAGGAAGCGCAUGCGCAGUAGGUGGGUGCGUUGCUGAUGAGCUGUUCGCAGCACGUGUUUUUGUCGACAUUUCCUGCUGGUUGUCUGUUUUACUCCAUAAAAUGGAAAAGGCAGAUAUUGCAAGACCAAGAAAAAGCAACGUGGUGAAAGAUGACACCCCAAAUACCGUAAGUAGGAAGAGAAAGGCAGACAGUGAGUCUGAAACUUCGCCAUCAAAGACAACUAAGCCCAUUAGAGAUGACUUUUGUCUUUAUGUUGGCAACCUGAACAACUGGAAAACGUCUCAGGAAAUCAAAGAUUCAUUAGCAGUGUACUUCAUGACCCACAGCCUUCUGUGUCAAGAGAUCAAGUUGGAUCCAUCUCGAAAACAUGCAUUUGUGGAUAUGGCCUCAGAAAUGGACUUGAACAAAGCUUUGGCGUUGGAUGGAGAGGAAAUCCUUGAUAAACCAAUGAAGAUCGCCAAAGCUAAAGUUAAAAGGAACGACGAAAAGAAGGUGAAAUGUCCGAAAGUGGACAAAGAAGUCAAAGAUGGCAGAUGUUUGUUCUUGAAGAAUGUGCCAUACAGCGCUACAAAAGAAGACAUCAAGAAAGUCUUCCACAAAGCCAUCGCCGUUCGGUUUCCUGGUGGAGCCAAAAGUCCAGAUAAAGGCAUCGCCUUUGUGGAGUUUCAAAAUAAAACGAUUGCUAAGAAAAUGCUUGGUAAAAAACGAAGUGCAAAGAUUCAAGGUCGGGAUGUGAUUGUUGAUACUGUAGGAAAAAGAAAGGUUCCUAAAGGUCACGCUGACAAGAAGAACACAAAGGCUGCUCCUCCAAAUAUCUUAUUUGUAACUAACUUGCCUAAAAAUGUGAGAGAAUAUCAGCUGAAGAAAAUUUUUAAGAAAGCCGUCCGUAUCAGCAUAUCUAAAGUCAAAGACAAACCUAAACGAUAUGCCUUUGUUGAGUUUAGAACAGUGAAGGAUGCUAAGAGGGUGCUGCAUUCCUCCAAAGGUAUUAAAAUCUGCAAUACAGUAGCCAAAAUAGGCGUUUGUCGUAAUAAACGGAAGCCUCAGAGUGAAGAAGUCUCAUCGAAAACUCUGUUUGUGGUGGGCCUCGCCCCAAAGACGACGGCAGAAACACUGAAAAGUGCUUUUGAAGGAGCCGUCGGUGCAAGAGUUGCUUUACAUAAAGAGACAGGAGAGUCAAAAAGGUUUGGCUUUGUGGACUUUGAGAGUAAAGAAAGUUGCAAAGCUGCCAAAGACACAGUGAAGGACUGUUUGAUCGAUGGCUGCAAAGUGACUGUAGACUUCACCUUAUCUAAAGGUGAAAGAGGGCAGCAGGGUGCUGGAGCGGGCUCAGCAGGUCCUCCCAAAGGGGCAGCAGCUCACUGAGGAAGACUAAGUUAAUAAGACAAAGGGAGAAGACAUAAAACUGGUUCAUCAUAGACUGUUGAAGAAGAGAAAUGUAAAAGU